UUUCAGGUAGAUGCUGAGGGACCACUGUGGUGCCGCUAGACUCUACGCCUAGUACCAAGUUUAUCCUACAUUUUUGAGCUAGGUUUCUGUCUACCCAACAGGCAUCAUGUCCGGGCUCGAGGUUGUUGGUGCUGUCGCAGCUGUAGUUUCAGCCUUCCACGGCGGCGCAGAACUAGUUGCCCAUAUCAAGAAGAAGCGUCGACGUCGCAGUAAAAGCCAACAAGAGUUUGAAGAAAAGCAACUCCAAGAUUCUCUGCAGACCGGCGAAACAACAGUCGGUCAACGCUAUGUCGCAGACAUUAAAGAAUUAGGGGAGAUAGUAAGAAUAGGCGAUGCCGUCGCACGCGACCGCUUACUUCAUAUUGCCGUUGUCAUGCAGGCCGAGAUUAUAAAGAGUCUGCAACUCGCUGUUAAAUACGAAAAUGCUGUUCUGAACCUUAAGAUCCUCCACGAAGCUUCUAUCUUGAACCGCCAAGAGACGAUUGUGACCCUGGACGAGUUGAAACAGAGGAUUCUUAUAACGAGACCUGUGCUACGGACAUUAGAAGCACCGCCGCCUGCGACGCCUGAGGGGCAGAGACAUUCCAUCAGCUCGUUGGAGUCUGUGCAAGGUUUCCGGACUGCAGCAAGUUUCAAUACUGUUCCUGACGACUACAUACCUGAAGCUGUGACCAUCCCAGGUCCUGGAGAUUUAAAAGAGUCAAAGACCGGCCUCGCGAAGUAUUUUCAAAUGAGGAGACAGAACAGCACUUCCUCCACUGCCUCGGGCCAACACCGACCGACUUCCUCUACAGGGAGUAUCAACUUCAGCCCUGCACUCAACUACCUAAUUCAAGGAAGUGAUAAUCGGGGGUCGAUCAUGAAGGAUAUUGAUGAGAUUAUCAGCUCGUACCAAGGCCUGCGUCUGGACGACAACAAGAGAGACACCUUGGCUAUUCUUAAUGGAGGCAACAACGGAUCAAAGCGUGACACGCUCGCGAUUCUCCAAGGUGGAGAGAACUACAAGCGUGAUACAAUAGGGCUAAAUCGGGACGCACUACAAAUGCUCAGGAACCUCCCUCCCACACCAGAAGAAUCACAUGAGGGCCCAGAGUAUCCUGCCUUCAAUCACAACAUCUUUGAUCCGCAAAAUGCAUAUAGCCAGUACUUCACCCCAGCGCCGAUUCCGCUCCCCCAACGCCAUUCCUCAAAGGAUUCGAGAUGGUCGACUUCGAGUUCUGUGUACUCAGACACUGUUCCCCCAUCACUCUACAGCCACGAUUCGAAAUCAUCUAAUGAAUCCCGCACCCCAUCCAUCGCACCAGACUUCUCUGCCCUCAACAGCCCCUCCGCAUCUCCGAUCCCACCCUUUUCCACACCACAACGACCUCGCACUCCGAUCAUGGAAGACGGCGGUGCGCUGAAAGCGGGUCGAACGCGAGUCCACCUAGUUCCAGUACAAGACAGCUCUAGCAGCGGCGGCAAUAAUACCUCCAGGCCCUUCGGAAUCUCCGCCCUCGCAUCAUCCUCUGCAUCCCUCGUAAGCCCUCAACCCAUACCUCCCGUACCCACACCCGCACCAGCAUCCGCGCCAGGACCUCCUACUCCCGUCCUCAAGCACACAAACUCCGCCGGAUCCUACUCCUCCGCCCCAUCCUUCCGCUCCAACACCAUCGCCGGACCACUCCCCACGCAAGAACGUAUGAUGGAUGGUCGCCCUUGCAAAGAUAACAACUAUUGGGGCUUCUGCAAAGGCGCGUGGGCGGUGCGGGAAGAACUCAAAAAAGGCAUCGGCCUUCAUACCCGCCCAAUUGGCCAGUACAACACGAUCCAAAUCUGGCAGUGCAAGCAGUGCACCUUCAGUGGGAAAACAUACGCCGGCAAAAAGAAGAAAGAAGUCGUCGUCGACCCCAACAUCCACACUUCCGCGGUCGGAAUCCGGUAUAAAUGGAUUUUCCUCGCGAAGUCCCACGUCAAGAAGAAGAAUGGUGAUAGUUCGGGGAAGAUGUCUGAGGAUUGUAAUUAUGGUUGUGUAAUAUGCUCAGUGGAGGGGAAUGUUACGGGUAUUUAUGGCAAUGUGGAAACGCUUAUGAAUCAUAUCUUCUUGGAGCAUGUGAGGGAUCUGAGCGAGAAGACGGCGCAAAAGGCAAAAAUUGUUAUGGGGAGGGAGGCCAGCAGGGAUGAGGAGUGGGAUUUGAAUGUUCCGACGAUGGAUGUGCUUUCGGAGAAGGAGAUUGCAAGGGUUGAUGGGUUGAUGAUGUGAUGAAUAGGAUUGGAAUGGCGGGCUCGGCUUGGGUUUAUUUAUUUUUCCUUUCCUUGUACGCGUUUGGAGAUACCCUUCUUUGAUGACUGUUGUAUGAAUUUAGUUGAUGGAAAGAUCUAAGACUGGUCUCUCCCUGCCAAGGUUUGGUGUGUGGUGCCUUUAAUUCAUCCCGUGGACGAUGUUAGCAACUGAAA